AUGAGGAGAUUUCCUGGAGUGGUUGCGCAGGUAAGGUUCAAGGGGAGCUAUCCGUUAAUCCCGAUCGAACAGUUGCGGAAAGGCAAUGGAAUUCAUGUGGGGGAAAGCGGCACUUUGGCUUUGCGCGACUACUAUGAAUGGCUGAAUCUGCCGAGUAUUAUGAAACAUGAGACCUUCUUUACCAAGCGAGGAGAACUGCUGAGUGAUCUCCCGGAUAACACAGAACGCUUGACGCUGUAUGAUCCGAUUCUGACCCGUAGCAUAGCUCGGUGGUUGCUGGUCGACUACAAGCUCAAUCAUUAUCCCUACAGCGACUUGAACAUCAUAAACAUCUACACAGACCUCCCGCAGUCACUGAGAAUAGCCGAGAGCAUGAUGGGGUACUUCAAACAGGCACUGUCGAGCAACAUGUUUGAGAGGAUCAGAUACACCAUGGUCCCGCUGCAUAGCCACCGUCAGAAACUGUCUGGCAGGUUGACUCGGAAUAUCCCAGGCGAGGUGCAGAUCAUCAGCGACGCGGCUGUCUUUACUUCAGAGUCUACUAGCUCGUCUCACCCGCAGCAGUUUGUCAUCGAGGAUCCCGUCUACUUCCUGAUGCUGAACGACAUCUUCAAGAACACUUCUCAUGAUCUGGUUAGGUACAACAAGAGCGUCGGCAACUGGGAGCAAUGCUACAUGGACAUCCACACGUCUGGCGGCAAGUCACGGAGGUUUGACACGGAUCUGGAUUACUGGUGCGACUCCUGCUUGUCAAGAGCAUUGCAGAAGUACGACCUCGGUGCGGCAAAACAGUCAGCGGGCUUUUAUAUCCCGACACGGUUGAUACAGCUCUUUGAUCUGCUCAAGACCGUCGCCCCGGCGCACAAAUUGUUCGCCAUUGACGCGCCGCAGCGAUGGCAUCCGUCUUUCCUCUCGAUGAUCAGAAUCCUGGCGGGCUACCAGCCUCUGCGAGCGAGCAAAAUCGUCGAGUCGCACAGGAGCUCUAUCUGGCGUGGAAGGCGCGAGGACUGCGGGCCGCGCUUCACUGUGGAUUUCACGCAGAUCCAGCAACUGUACACCAGCAUCAACGAGUCCGCUAAGUUCUGCGAGGUCGAUGACGUGCCCGAGUUCGUCAACCAGUGGCUAGAUACCGGCUGCGAACAAUCUGACAAGUGGGCGCAGGACGUGCUAAACUCGCAGUUGGAGAUGAUUGGCGCAAGCGAGCUGGCCAUCUUGCACUCAUGCUGA